GAGGCCGUGCUCUCGCCGAGCGUGAAGCCGGAGCCAGGGAGAGGGCUGGUGACAGCGCGCCAGCCGCACCCGGGAGGGCGGAGGAACAGGGCCAAUCCCUGCCCAGAUUCAGCAGCCCGUCAGGGGCUGUGGGGAGGGGGGGCGGCGGCUAUUGCCGCUGUCGUCGUCGUCGUGACGAAGCUGCCGCUGGAAGAACAGAUAGAGGGAGGUGGAGGCAGCACCCGGCGCCCCCAUCGGCCGGCCGGCUGUAGUGGGAGGAGAAGGGAGGAAAGGAAGGGUGGAUUGGUGCUGGUACCGGGCGAGGGCUGCGACCUGCUCCGUCCGAUAACAUUGCACCAAUCCGCGCCAGUUUACCGUCGGUCGAUCGUGACAGCGCCUUCCUUUCCUCCCUCCCCCUCGGGUUAAUCCGUUCAGCCCCGUCUAUCAAUAGGGCUGAGGCGAGUCACGCUGAGCUUCACGGUGCCGCUGGUAAAUCAUCCGUAGCAACAUGAAGAUCAAGGACGCCAAGAAACCCUCGUUCCCCUGGUUUGGGAUGGAUAUUGGUGGGACACUGGUGAAACUGGUUUAUUUUGAACCAAUUGAUAUCACAGCUGAGGAAGAGGAAGAGGAGGUAGAAAGCCUAAAAAGUAUUCGCAAGUACUUGGUGUCGAAUGUUGCCUAUGGGUCCACGGGCAUCCGAGAUGUGCACCUUGAGCUCAAAGACCUAAUACUCUGUGGCCGCAAAGGAAACCUGCACUUUAUCCGAUUUCCAACACAUGACCUACCUACCUUCAUUCAGAUGGGGAGAGACAAGAACUUUUCAACACUACACACAGUGCUUUGUGCCACUGGAGGGGGUGCUUAUAAAUUUGAAGAAGAAUUUCGUACGAUUGGUAAUCUGCAAUUACACAAACUGGAUGAACUGGACUGCCUGGUUAAUGGCCUUUUGCACAUUGACUCUCUCAGUUUUAAUGGCCAGGCAGAAUGUUACUACUUUGAGAAUGCCUCUGAUCCCGAGAAAUGCCAGAAGAUGCCUUUCAACCUUGAUGACCCCUACCCUUUGCUUGUGGUGAACAUUGGUUCAGGAGUCAGCAUAUUAGCUGUAUACUCAAAGGACCAUUAUAAAAGAGUAACUGGAACAAGUUUAGGAGGUGGAACCUUCCUGGGCCUCUGCUGUUUGCUUACAGGUUGUGAGACUUUCGAUGAAGCUCUUGAAAUGGCCUCAAAAGGUGACAGCACAAUGGCUGACAAACUAGUGCGGGACAUCUACGGAGGGGACUACGAGCGAUUUGGUUUGCCAGGAUGGGCAGUAGCUUCCAGCUUUGGCAACAUGAUUUGCAGAGAGAAGCGUGAUUUAGUUAGCAAAGAAGACCUAGCAAGAGCCACCUUGGUCACCAUCACAAACAACAUAGGAUCCAUAGCCCGAAUGUGUGCACUGAAUGAGAAGAUAAACAGAGUUGUUUUUGUUGGCAACUUCCUGCGAGUCAAUACACUGUCAAUGAAGCUCCUGGCCUAUGCGUUGGACUACUGGUCAAGGGGACAGCUGAAGGCAUUGUUUCUAGAGCAUGAGGGUUACUUUGGAGCAGUAGGUGCCCUUCUUGGACUUCUCAAUUCCACUUAGAACUUGAAGUAUUCUACAUCCCAGUGGUAACAGAAGAAAUGUGCACAACUGCAUAGUGAUUUAGAAAUGGGAAAUAAAUACAUUCUUCCAGGCAUGAACACCUGGUGAAAAUAUGUGACAAAAUUGAGCCACACUACAGGCUGGUUUGUAUUACUGAAGUAUUCUUUCUACUUGAAUUGUGUUUUAAUUGGGUCCAGUGUAAUGGGCAUUUAACUUAGUUUCUUAUAAAAACAUUGCUAAAUACUUAUUAUUGCCACAUCAGCAGAAAUUAUUUGGGUUUCUUAAUCUAAUCUUAGAUUACUCUCUAAACUAUUCAAAUAAUCUCCAAAGUACCCUUAAGUCUCUGCAAAUCAAAGCCUUUUAUAGAAUUCUGAUAUCUCAGUAUUAGCUGUUGAUUAUAAAAAGACAAAUACUGAUUUGCAGAGGUAUUAUAAAGAAAUUGUAUGUAACAACAUCUGAAACUGGGUGUCUACACAAUGGAGAAUGUUUGGAAGUUGUAAGAGUAUUUACUUUGUAAUAUAGAUUGCAUUCAAGCAGACUUUCUUUUAGUAAUAACUCAAGUGAAAAGAUUACAAAAUUUUUCGGUGUUGCCAUAUUCAAUGUUGGCAACUAAAAUGUGACCCCAUCUUCCCAGGGAGGCCCACCUGAUGUCUCUGUAUGUAAUCACCUAAAGUGGCUUUUAUUUAUUUUAUAAAGUAGUUGUUAAUUUUAUUUGGGAAAUAUGUAUUUUAUAAGGGAGGGAUGGAAAUCUACCUUUAUGUGAAAGUACUAGAAAUAUUUCAAUCUCUAAAACGCCUUAAGCCUGUAUCAGCUAAAGCUGCACAAUGUAACAUCCUUAUAGAAAAUGAGGAAACCUAAUCUUGUAUACAACUUUUUACCACAGUUAAAAUUGUACUUUUUGUUGAAGCUGUUGAGCAUAUUUCAUUGCUGGUUGUGGUAUAUCCGACCGUGUGGUUCCAUAAACCUUCAGAGUCUGAGCAAGUUUUAUGCUCAUCGUCUAAACUAGUUUAUCAGAUCACUCUUGAAUUUCCUUGAUGUUAUCUUUAUUAUAUUUGUGAAUUUUGUAGAUGAUAAUUUAAUCUUUUUUUUUGCUGAAGGGUGCAAUAGUCCUAGACUAGUGCCUUCCACGUUGAUGUAUGGUGAUUUCUGACUGAGUGACUAUGAUAUGCAAUAAUUGCUGGAGAUGUUGGUAAUCAUUUGACAACUAAGAAAGGAUGUGAGCAGUAUUAAAUGUACUCUGACUGUGUGUAUUCUGCUAAUUGGCUGCUACUAGCAGUCCAUCACUCGUACAAUGAUUAUGUGCCAAUUGUUCAUCUAGUCUUCACCUCUCACUUGGAUAGAGAAUGCUGCUGUUUUAAUCUCAGAAAAAGAGACCACCAGUUGAAAAACUGGCCACAAACUCUUACCUGUAGAUAUGUAUAUCACAACCCUUACUUUCACAGAGUUCCUUCUGUCCUCUGCAGUUCUCUAAACUGUAGCCUCUUUGAACUCCACUGAUAGAGGGAACCCAAUUAAAAGUUAAUAGGAUUUGGACCAACUGUUGGAAGGCUCCAAAAUUUGGUCUUGAUGUACAGAAAAGCAUGUGGAUGAAAAUUAAUAAUAAUACAAUAAUUAAAAAUAUAAGCAGGCAGGGAGUUGAGGCCUGGACCAAUAGAGGCAACAUCUAAUGCAAAACAUUGUGGUCCAUACUUGCAAAGGAUGUUACCUUAAUUAUUUAGGAUGAUUGAAUUUUUAAUUUUAAUUCAUUUUUUUUCAGCAGCACUUACACCAUGGCCAGCAUUUGUUGCCCUUUCCUAGUUAUCCUGCUACAAUUGUUUCACCACUUCAGAAAGCAGUUAAGAAUCAACCACAUUGAUUGACAUUGGCCAGAUCAGCUAAGAAUGGCAGGUUUCAUUCUACAAAGCACAUUUAGGUUUUUAGAACAAUCUGCCUUGCAGUCACUUUUUUUUACAUUUCUUUUUAAACCAACUCUAAUUCUGGGUCAUCCUGGCAUAAUCUGAAUUUAUAUUACAUUAUGAAUUUUGAUGUCUGGACUACUAAUAGUGAUAUAAAUUUCAAUAAUUCAUGUUCACUUUUUUUCUGCAUUCCAUCAUUAGCAUUUAGUUCUUGGCCAGAACAGCUUGUUGCAAUUUUUGUUUUAAAUGGCUACAUUUUAAAUUCAGACCAGAGAAGCAAUUUUUAGGAUGCAUAUUGCUGCGCAAGCUAAGCAUGAGGCUUGUUUUAGUUUUUUUUCAGGGCUUCUUAUUUUAGUUUGGUGUUAGCAUUAGCUUCAGAGUGACAGAAAAUUGUACCAUUGAUGUCCCAACAGUUCUUGCGGUCAUUGUUCCUCUAGCUCGUUGGGAUUCAAUUUGCUUGAGAUUUUAAACACGUAAGUUGAAAACCUUUUUUUUCUACUCACCUUUUCUAAUAUUUAAACAUGUGGAAAGUAUUUCCCCCAUUUGAAAUAGGGAAGUUACCAGAAAUUAAAAGCCAAUUAAUGCACAAAGCAUGAAAAUCCAAACUAGGAGAUUUUAUAAUGUAUUCAGGAGUAUGCAGUGAACCCCUCUGUUGAAAAUAAAAUUGAAUAUUGUGUGUAACCAGAUCUAAAAUUAUACAGAUUUUGAAGUGUCUUGCAACAUAGAAGGAAGUCAUUUGAUCCACUGCCUGUUUCACUCUUUUUCACACAUAAUCGUGCAAUUUUCUUCCCAAGACAUACAUUUAAUUCCCUUGUUGAAAGCCACUAUUGAAUUUGCUUCUAAAACUCAUUUCAAGUGCAUUCCAGUUUAUGGCAGUCUGCCUGCUAGCAAGCCAGCUACAAACAUUUCCUCCUUAAAGUGCAGUUUUUUCCUCUCCAUGAUUGAUAGCAUAGAGCUAGCAAAAUGUGCCUUGGCACAUUGAAAGCAUGAUGUGGUAGAGAUUAAAUCACAUAUGGAUCCUUAGCCUGAUAGCACUGUGGCUCUUUCCUCACCUGUUUUUAAUGAACAGAUGUGAUGCAAUGCACAGUGUAUUCAUUAGAAUGGUUGCUUGGUACAAUUUAAAAUCCAACUAAUUUAGUUGUGGCUGUGAAAUAUGUGCAGUUACUGUAAAAAUUCAACCUCUAAGGCAGUUUCCAGUGGGCGAUGCCAUUGCUUUGUGCAUGUAAUGUAUCCUAAAAUCUGUCACAUCUGUGUGCCUGAUGAUAAAUGUGAGGCCCAUGUGGAAGAAAGACCACUGCAGUCGAGUCAACUCCUUCAUGACUUUGUACAAUCUGUACUAGUCCCUAGAGAGAACAUGUAGUAUAGAAUGAGCUUUCCAGCAACCCCACUUGGCAAUUACAAUUAAUUACAUUUUAACAAAGUAAAGAUCACAGUAUUUCAUAGCAAUACGAUCAGACAAGAAAGCAAAUCUAACCAAAGGAGGAUGCACUGAAGCUAAUGACCAAACACUUGGUCAAAGAGAAGGUUUCAGGCAGAAUGUUGGGGCAUAGACACAAGUAGGCACAGUUUCCAAUGGUGGGGGCACAAUCAGUGAGGAUGAGCAACAAGCCAGAAAGAGAAAAGCACAGAGUUCUUGGAGAAGUGCUGUGCUGUAGGAAGUAACAGAAGUAGGCAGAAGCAGUUGGUUACAGAGGGGAAUUGAAGGAUAAAACUUUAAAACUGAGGAGUUAAUGGUAUGCAAACCAAUGUAUGUAAAUGAGAGUGGUAACCUAUAAUAUCUUUGGUGAAACCAUCGUUGAUUAUCCAUCGAUCUUUUCUUUCUACUUCCAUCUCCCUCCACCAAUGCUGCCUUCCACCUACUGGCAUUUGUUCCAACUUAAAAGAAAGGCAGCAAAGGCACACAAUGUUUAUGAAGACUGAAAAAUGGAAACACAGCCAGCAGAGUAUUGGCAUUGGUAACUAAUAAUAUCAGCAAUGAAAGCUUCAGCAGCAGGUAGGCUGAGGCAGAGCAGAUAAGGUCAGUUUCUGAGAUGGAAUUGGGUGGGUUUUGCAAUGGAAAGGAUUUGGCCUUGGAGGCUCGGUUCUGAGCUUCUCUAGUCUAGCCUGAAACACUGGAGGCAAGGUUGGAAAUAGUGGUUAAGGAAACGAUGGUGGCUGCAGUCAAUAGCUUUGGUCUUCCUGAAGUUCGAUUGGAAUGACUAUAUAUGCAGCAUCAUUAAGGCAGCUGGUCAUUACUCAUAAAGUACAAUUGAUUAAUUUCCCUUUUUAUUUUAUCUAAGUACAUUAUCUCCUUCUUGGCACAACAAAUUUUAAAAAAUUGAAUCAAUAGGAAUUUAAGUUAUCUUAUUUCCCUGUGAUUUGUUUCUUUCAAGUUAAAUGUCUCUUCAAGCACCUGAAUCAGCUAUCCUUCUCUUUGGAAUUCUUUGGUCCAUCCUGCAGUUAAUGACACUGUUCAAAUCAUUAAGCUAUUCCUUAGUUAUCUGCAUCAUUUUAAAAUUUCAUGUUUUCAUAGAAAUUGGUGGGGAGAAAAGUUUUUAAAAUAUUAUAAUCACUAUAAUUUGGGAAACGUGACAAAAUACCACACAAACAGAGGAAAUUGAAGUUUCAGAUCUACCAUAUAAAGUAUCAAAAACAAAAGUGAAUUCCACACUGCACCAAUUCCUUCAUUUUUCUAUUUUAAAAUUUUCUUUCUCUCUCAAUUAGCUUAAUUUCAAUAGCAAAGCAAAUGUUUCUUUGAAGACUGGUUUAUUACUUUAUUUUCCCCAUUUAAAUAUGAUAUCUUUGGGAAUUGCAUAACAUCUCUCUUGUGUCUGCAUGUGCCCCUCCCUUGCACCUGCAUAUACAUCUUUCUCUCACUGUAUUAAUUUCAUGGAAAAUGCUAUUCUGAACUUGUCAUGCUAUAAUUUCAUUUCCUACCAUUGGUUCAUAGAACAUUACAACAAAGUACAGGCACUUUGGCCCAUGAUGUUGUGCCGACAUUUUAAUACUGCUCUAAGAUCUAUCUAACCCUUCCCUCCCACAUAGCCUUCCAUUUUUCUAUCAUUCAUGUGCCCAUCUAAGAGUCUCUUAAAUGUCCUUAAUAUAUCUGCCUCCACCACCUCUGCCGGCAGUGCGUUCCAUGCACCCACCGCUCGCUGUGUCAAAAAAAAACUUGCCUCUGACAUCCUCCCUAUACCUUCCUCCAAUCACCUUAAAAUUUUGCCUCCUCAUGUUAGCCAUUUUAGCCCUGGAAAAAAGUUUGUAACUGUCCAAUCGAUCUAUGCCUCUUAUCUUGUACACUUCUAACAAGUCACCUUUCAUCCUCCUCCUCUACAAAGAGAAAAGCCCUAACUCAGUCAACCUAUCCUCAUAAGGCCACGGUCUGCAAUCCAGGCAGCAUCCUGGUAAAUCUCCUCUGCACCCUCUUCCUAUAAUGAGGUGACCAGAACUGAACACGAUACUCCUUUCGAGAUAGCCUCGAAUCUUAUUGUGACACCUACUACGGUGGCCUUGUUCCCUUUAACAAGUGUAAUAUCUGGCUUCCAUAGAGUGCCAUCAACGUCUCUCAAGUGUGGUUCCAUAAAAGGUUCCAUGUUGGACUGCCUUAGACUCAAUUUGUCUAAUAUCUUAUUAUGUCAUUUGAUUUGCAUUUGCUUUACUGCCAAGCAUCUUCCUGAAAUGUGUGCUAGAGUUUUGUUUGCAAAUCCUCAUCUUUGGCAGAUGUUUACUGCAUUAGCAUUACCACAACCGCAUGUACACUUCGUGGGGUACUGUCCACACCUUAAUAAUAUUGCGUUAACGACCUGGUAUCCCUUCCAGGUCUGAUGUCUUUUUAACCAUAAAUUUAAGAUCUUAUCAUUCUUGAAUUCUUUAACUCCAGCUCCUUGAUAACUCUGGGCUGCCCAUCUAUCAAAUUCAACUGACCGCCAAUCGAUAUUAAAUUUUUGCGGUCGAGCUCCAUUUCCAGUUUCUUGCUCGUAUUCAGCUUCCAGUUGUUGAUAGAAACUAUCAGAUGGUCUUUCAAUUGCUCUAGUUUGACAAGACAUAAUGAUGUGCAAGGUCAAUAUCUUGUAUCGCUGACAAACUCGAGUCUAUCAGUCGUUGCCUAGUUAUCCUCACCGGCCAUCUCAAACGAAUGUUUGAUCGCGUUGUCUUCUGAUCUUUCUAAGGACUGCCACUUCCUUAUUAUUGCCAGUGGUAUCUGAAUUUCAAGGUUGGGCAUGCACAAUUUUCGGGGGGCAUUCACUCUGUGCUGGUGUAUUUGGCCUUCCUCUGUUCGUCUUUUAUUCCCAGAGUUUGAUGAUUUCUCAUCAAUCUUCUGGUUAGCCAUUUUACGAUGUUUUCCUUUACUCUUUUUCAUGAACCGUCUGACAAGAUCACUUGUGAUACAGUCCACCAGACUGACUCCCGUGGCAAAAUUGAUUUUAUAGAGUUGCAAUAUUACCUCGUGGCUCUUGAACUCAAUACCCUGACUAAUGAAGGCCAAAAUGCCUUUAUACCAUUGUCAUUAUAAAUAUCUAUGCCUACAUUCAUUUUUUAAAAAACUGUUUAAAACAAAAGGGUAGUGCGUGACUUUAAACUGAGGAAUAGUUUGCAUCUACACAUUCUGGUCCAAGUAUUCCUUGCUCUCCACCAACUCUGCUCCAUGUACAUCACCACAGGAGGUUCACUCGUAUUUAAAAACAAUAUUUUAGUAAAAUUUAUACUCCAAGUAACAUUUUGUGGGAAGUUUCUACUUUGGGUCUAAAAUUAAACCUGCUGGCUAUCAUCUUGCUAGGCAAUGUCGUCUGAUUAGGCAGUGGCCUGAAUUUUAUUGUGAGGCAGUAAUACAAUCCUCAAAGUAAUUUGUAUGCUAACUGGUAGCUUACAAUUAAGUAAAUAGUAGACAAAUCCUGUAAAACAUUGUGAGCAAAGAAAUAGUGAACUAAUCUUAAUUAUUUCAUAAUGCAUGAAAAUCAUACCUGGAUUUUAUAUGUGUGAACAAUAAGUCCAUUUUUUUGAUGCAAUGUUUUAGUAUAAUAAGGCAUCAAGGUGCUGUUUUCAGAGUGCCAUGUUGAAUUUCAAUAUAACUGGAUAGCAUGCAUCUUGGGGUUUGGCUAUUAGAUUUAUUUAGGGAACCAUCCAAUUAUGUCUGCAAGCCUCAAAAUGUAAUUAACCCAGGCAAAACUCUACCCUGUCAUUUGAAUAGGUAGCUGACAUGCUAAAUAUUUAAUUGUUCUUUGAUAUGAUCCGCUGUCAUUUGCAGAACUUGACCAAUGAGGUUUAAUUGGGCAUUUUUUUUCCUGUAGACCAUUGGUGCUGUCUUUAAGUAUAAAGUUGUCAUACAGUUUUGAAAAGAACAUCAUUUUGUAUGAAUGCUUUACUCCUUGAUGAAAUUGGCAGCACAUCAAAAUGAAAAGUGCGUUAUCUGGGAGCAAUAUUUGCACUGGGAAUGAUCCGUUUUUACAUCCCACUUCAAAUACUUACAAGUCAUGUAUAUGUUAUAACUGAUUUACCCAUCCAUAAUACAAUAUGCCUGCAACAAUGUGACUCUUUCUUCAAAUGUUCCCUUUCUUCAGUAAAGCUGAUUUGUUUGGUGAGGGCUCAUUUGAAGCUUUGUCUAUAAAAAAAACCUUCCAUCAUCUUGAGAAUUGGGCAGAUCUUACUCCUAUUAUUGUCAAUUGAGUAUGCCAUACCAUUUAAAGAAGAGUAUGCCAUACAGUUAAACAUGGUUUUCGGAGGUCAUGGGAUGGAUUUGAAAGUUAUAGUAGGGAAGGCUGUCAUUAAGUUGACGAAACUUCCCACGGGGCUACAUUCCUAAUUUUUGCAAGUGCUCUGAGCAAAAGCAUGGCCAAGGUGAGGUGAGCAGGAGACAAAAAUAAACUGUUGCUUUUAUUGGAGCAAGUUCUAACCCAAUAUCAGAGAAGUGGAUCUUGAUGUGAGAGUGAGCAGUCUGAAAUGGGGACCUACGUGAUCUGAUUAACGAUUUAAUUUAUCUGGGUUCUGAUCUCUUUUUCUAAAUUCCUACUUUCAUUUAAAUUCAACAUGUGGUAAACGAUGAAAAAUGGUUAUUAUUAUUUCAGGAUUAUGAAUGAAAGAAACUAGUUGAUCGAGUCAGUUGAAGGUACUAAAGUCUGAAGAAGCUCAUUGCAUAAUCUUGAAUUUGAAAGGGCCUGAACUAAUGUAAAUAAUGCAAAUAUUUCCUGAUUCACUUGACAAUUGUGAUGUAUAUAUCUACUGUUGCCUCUCAUCCAUUACGUUCAAAGAUAUAAUUUAACAAUUGCUAUUAGUUAAAAAUAUCAUGGUACUGGCUCCUGUCCUUAUUUACUACCACAGAUUGUAUCCUCAAAUUCAGUCUUUUAAACAAAAUUUAGUGGUAUUCAUGAACACAUUUCAACCUCAUUAACCUUUUGUUCAAUGACACAUUUGGGUAAACUGUCAUUUAACUGGUAUCAAACUGUAAACCAACUGGUGUUAUUCUUAGAUGGUCAAAACAGUCUCACAAUAGAUACAUGUUACAAUCUGUUUAGAGUGUGAUUUAUGUGCUAAAUUUAAGAAAUGACUUAGUUUUGAGACAAUUGUUUUGAGCUGAAGGGUGUAAAAUACAUGUGGCUGAGUUGGAAUAAAAUCUAAUCUAUUCUAAAUGCUGAUAACCAAUUGAAUUGCAGAUAUUGAACUUGAAUCUUUGGUGCUCUUGAACUUUUGAUAAUAUUUAAAGGGUAUUGAGGGAAAAAUAACCUCCAGUAUCUUUAAGAUAUUCCUUUUUGUCUCCACCCCCUGACCAAAUAGGACAAAAUGAAUGGUGCAUGGAAUCAGGUCACGUACCAGAGGUUAGAUUAAUAUUAACAGGAAGUUUAUCAAACGCCUUGUUUACUACUUACACCUUGUAAAGAUAAGGUUUCAGGAUGUAGCUGAAUAUUUUAAGAAUUUCCUGUGCUGUUCCAGCAAUAUGCAUUUAAGACUUGCUGAGAUACUUUGUACUGAAUAGACACCUGAAUAAUUUUCUGUGUGGAGAGUUAAAUCUGUAAGUAUUGGGUCUUGGUGAUUGUUUUGUGAUAUCAUUUGAAGUCCAAAACCAAACUGGAAGCAGGCCAGGAACAUCAGAGGCAUUGAGUUCCAGGAUUUGCCUUUUUGACCAAGAAUAAGGUAUUGCCUUCAUCUUCUAAAGGGUGAAUCUGAUCAGCUAAAUAAGAUCUUUCAAAGUUUAAAAACAGGCUUUUGAUUUCAGGAUUACAUUUUUAACUUUCCCAAAAAAAAACUGGAUUAACCAGUUCAAAACUCUAGCAAGGAUGGCAUUCCAACUUUGCCCUUGAAAUCAAGCUGAUAACAGGAAGAAAUGGAAUGCUUCUUUAAUUUCAUAGUUAUUAUUGCAUGCAGAUGAGAAGCUGCUGUCUUGGUGUGAAAAUAACAACUGAAGCCUGGAUGAAACCAAUAAUUUACCAACUUCAGUAUGUAUGAGUUGCCAAUUUCAAUCAUUCCUAAAUAUAGCAACCCCUCAUUGUUGCCAAGGAACAUUUUCUGUGGAGUGUAUUUUUUCUAGGGAUUCCCUGAAGUCUAGCCUGACUUGGGGUUAACUUGGAUAAUUGCACCAAAUUGUCAAGUUUUCCCCAAAAUGAAAUUGUCUGGCUCCUUCGAUAGUUGAGCUUCUUUAUGGAAAGACUUCAGCCCAGGAAAAUAACACUCUGUAGCAAGUUGCAGGUACUGAGCAUUCCAACAAAACAUCAGCUUAUUGGUUAACUAAUGCAAUUAUUGAGAUAGUCACCAGCUGCAUGAAAUUAUCAAUCCAAAGCAUGAAUAAGUCGGCCACUAUGCUAUGAGAAAACUGAAGAUUUAAUAUAUAAAAGUAUUCUACUAUGUAUUUUUAAAAAAAAUUACAUUUGGAAUCUUUUAAAUAAUUUCACUGCAAUUCACUAACUUUAGGUUAAUGAGUGCGCUGGGUAAAGGUGCUGUUCAAAUGACCGGGUAUAACUAUAACACUGAACAUUUGUACAGAAAUUGAUAUGAUGAGUUGUAGGUUAUUGUUUAACAUUUAUUAGAUGCAGUUGUAAAUAAUUUUAAAAAUGUUUUUGCCUAACUGAAGUUAGAGAGUACACGUGUUCUAUGAUUCAUUGCCUUGCUGCACGAGCCUGUGUUUGUUCUGUGAAUAUAUUUUUAUUAUUGUGAAGUGUCUUGCUCUUAAAAAAUGUUUUUUGUUUUCCUUCACAAAACUUCUAAAGGCCAACACUUGUACUGGUAACAUUCCCAUCAACCAUUCAGCUGCAGUUUGUUGUGUUAACUGUUGCCUGAUCUGAUCUGUUUUUGUUUCCAGGUCACAUUGUACUUCCUUUGUGCUUGAUAAAAUAAAACUCAUCUUCAAUUUUAA